AUGUUUGGAACUUGGAAAUAUGGCCGCGGUGAAGGACAAGUCGAGAACUUGAAGAUUUCCCACGACUAUGAGACAGCACGUUCCAACCAGCAUCAAUUGAAAUGCAGCGGCGAAAGGGAAGGCUGUGACAGAUGCGCCGCCCAAGGCCUUGCCUGCGAAUAUAGCCGCUCGAGUUCUCGCAGUCAGAAAAAGUCCAGGAAGUCGGAGGUGCCCUCCUCCUGCAGCUCAAGAAGUGGCCGUGAAACCAGCGGCAGCCCGAAAAGUUCACAUAAACCUCAUUCCCAUUCCCAUUCCUCAAAGUCCAGAAAGGACAGACGGGGUAGCCACCACUCGGGUAGCUCUCGCGCUGAAUCGCUUGUGGCCAGUGGGCAAAUCUAUGACAGCGGCUCAGGAGACACGGGCUAUGGAAUGGGUGCAUUUGACAGCUACGGGACUAUAGCUUCUACUGCAGCCUCCCAUGCUUCAGCAUAUCACGCAACUGCCCCAAUAGAGGGCUUUCCAGCUGGUGGAGAUUUCGAUCAAGGAAACUGGAUGCUAGAUGUAGCAACCAGCUCUGGGACCAUGGGCUCGUCAUUCAUGGCAACUUCCGACUCCAUGUACGGAAACGAUGCCACUGCAUACGGCAACUAUCCUGGCCAAGAUGGCUACGACAUGUACUCAAACGUUGACCCUCGCUACUGGGGCCAAAGCCAGAAUCAAGAUUGA